GUCGCAUCAAGUACAGUAAGCAGAGGAGAUGGCAACAACAGCCCAACUAAUGAACAGCCUACCCAGUGGGCCCAGAGUAUUUAAAACUUUGCCUGAUGCAUUCAUUAUCCCAGAACUUGUUUUUGGUGGGCUUGUUUGGAUCCUUGUGGCAUCAACAAACGUGUAUAUGGACAACCCACAAGGGUGGGUGAUGUUUGUGUCGGUGUUCUGCUUCGUAUUUACAUUCCUCUGGCUGCUGCUCUUCAUCAUUGGUAUGAACCAGAAUAGCUCUAUGUGGGCAACACUGGAUGUGGCUUACCACGCACUUGCUGCAUUCUUUUACCUGAGUGCUUCAGUUGCACUAGCCUAUGUUACAUCAGUUUUGGGUCAAGUCAAUUUAGGAGAUGAAACUCUUUUCAUGUACUAUCAGGAAGACAUAGCUGCAGUAGUGUUUUCCUAUAUCGCAACCCUGCUCUAUACAGUCCACGCAGUGAUGUCUGCUCGCAGAUGGAAAUCCUCUUAAAGGCAUCGGGCACCAAAAACAACACAGCAAUACUGGACCCAUUUCAUUAAAAGACAGGAAUAUGCAAGUCUACGGUUCUUAGUCAUGGAAGUCUAUUGCUCUUAGUUACCAUUUUUUUAUUCUUCAGUAAAGGUUUAAUGAAAACAUUAUAGGUGAGAAAUGAUAUAAGAAAUAAAAUAAGAAAUUACACUAUGUAACACAAUUUUUGUUCCUGGGUAGUAAGUGUUAUUUCCUAAUUGCUUAUGCCUCAAAAGUAUAGAAAAUGGCUGUUAUUCCCCACAAACUUUGCUUUUGUGACCAGACAGUGAUAUUUUGAAAUUUACCUAUUUCCAAUGAGAAAACGGGCGAAUUUGUGUCUUUUCGUUCACAUAAAGUCAGAAAAAAACAACAUAUGAAUCCAAAUUAACAUGUAUUUAUACUAAAGUAAUACAAAAAUGACUACAACAGAUUUAGAAGUGAGUAGUUUUUCGAGAUUUACGAUUAUACUGUAAAUCACUUUCACGAAUCAGCCCCCAAAUGUAGUCUCCCAUCAUGUUCUCAUUAUACUGUCCUUGAUAGCGGCGUUCAAAGUCCAGUAUAUCCUGGUGGAAAUGCUCGCCUUGCUCCUCCGAGUACGCUCCCAUGUUCUCCUUGAAUUUAUCAAGAUGAGCAUCAAGGAUAUGGACUUUGAGGGACAUCCUACAGCCCAUUGUGCUGUAGUUCUUCACCAGAGUCUCAACCAACUCCACAUAGUUUUUGGCCUUGUGAUUGCCCAGGAAGCCCCGAACCACUGCGACAAAGCUGUUCCAAGCCGCUUUCUCCUUACUAGUGAGCUUCUUGGGGAAUUCAUUGCACUCCAGGAUCUUCUUUAUCUGUGGUCCGACGAAGACACUGGCUUUGACCUUUGCCUCAGACAGCUUAGGGAAGAAGUCUUGAAGGUACUUGAAGGCUGCCGACUCAUUAUCUAGAGCUCUGACAGAUAAGGCCCAAUUUGAUGUGCAGUGGUGGCAUCAGCACCUUCCAGGGGUCCACCAGUGGCUCCCACUUGACGUUGUUCCUCCCCACAGAGAACUCGGUCCGCUGUGGCCAGUCCCGCCUGUGGUAGUGCGCCUUGGUGUCCCUGUUGUCCCAAAGGCCGCCUUGGAGACCCAUCAGGAAUGCCACCAUUGCAGCCUCUUGAUGCCAUCUCAGAAAAAUGCAGAUAUGUAUCCACUUAGGCAGCUGGAACUAAACUGAACUAGUGGGCUUAAGGCCCCUGUAUUUAUACUACUAUUUAUAUUACAGGAAAGUUCUAGAAAGUUCUAGAAGUUACUCCAAGUUUACUCAGCACUGAAUCUAUCUGGAAUGUUUUGGAAAAUAGGUAAAUUUCAAAAUAUCACUGUCCUGGUCACAAAAGCAAAGUUUGUGGGGAAUAAUAUCCAUUUUCUAUACUUUUGAGGCAUAAGCAAUUAGGAAAUAACACUUACUACCCAGGAACCAAAAAAAAAUAAAAAUUUGUUACACUGUGUUAUUUAAUGAGCAAACUGUUAUGUUUUCUAUUUUAGACUUCCACGUGCUUUCUUUUAUUGAAUAUGGACCACAGAAGCAAUUUGCGGUCCAGCUCGGGGAAAAGUACACAUGAUUUAAUGUUUAAAGUAAAACAUAUACAUAUUUUAGUUUUUUUUUUCUCAUAAAGGAUUCUUAAGUAUUUUCACACUGAAAAUGUGCAUCUUUUUUUUUUUUAUUACCCAAAAUAUACCAGUACAUACAUGUUUGUAUUCUUUGGUUUUUAUUUUUAUUUUUAUCAAUGUCCUUCCUUAUUUGCAAUAGAAUAGUAGGAUAGAUGUUAAUCUUUCAAAAUUUUCGAUUUUAAGAAUAAAGCUGUUUACUACUACAUUUUGGGUGUUAUUUGUAUAGAAAUUGAUGUUUAUUAAAGAAUUGAACUAUCUGAUGAAAGAAUUUGACUAUGCAAAACUGAAAAGUGUGAUGUAUGUUCAGCCUUGCAUACAGUAUGUACACCCACCUUUACAAUACUCCCUGGCAUUACAAGCCUCCCUAUGAGGGGAUAGAAAUGACUGCAUGGCAAAUUACAUUAAUGGCUUUUUGAUAUUUACAUUGGCUUAUGGUUUAUUUGUUAGGGUUUCAAUCUCCCCACGCUGAAACCGAUUUAUAAACUGAAUGUAAUUGAAACUGCUACAGACAUCCUUUGGAUAAAACCUGUAUACUUCA